AUGGUCCCUGCGAGUCGCAUUACAAUUACACCAGCUGUCACAACAGCGACAGCAAAUUCACAUGGCAUUACAGGGAUUGAUGGUUAUCCACUGUACCGGCGAAGGAGUCCCGCUGAGGGAGGAUUUACAGCCGCGGUAAAGGCCAACCAAGUGGAUAACAGAUGGGUAGUACCAUACUGUCCCCUGCUAUCAAAAGCGUUCAAUGCGCACAUCAAUGUCGAAUAUUGUCAUUCAGUGCGUUUUAUCAACUUCCCCAUCCACGAACGCUUCCCAGCAAUCGUCCAUCUUGCUGUGCACCUAGAAAACGACGAACUUCGUUAUUUUUCUGCGGAUAGAGCAAUGGAUGUGGCUGCGCGUAACAAAGACACAACGCUUCCAGCGUUCUUCAAACUUUGUCGACAGGACGAGUUUGCUAGGACUCUAAUGUACCCAGACGUGCCUUCAUACUACGUGUGGACAAAAAAGAACACCUGGGCUCGGCGGAAGUGCAGGGCCAACGUCGAGGGCUAUCCAGGCGUCAAAAAAGACGCCACACUCGGAAGGGUAUUCACGAUUCCCCCAUCGCGACAGGAAUGUUUUUACUUGCUACUCCUUUUGCACGAAGUUAGUGGUCCAACGAGCUACAAUAACUUACAGACGGUUAAUGGAGUUUUAUGUGACACUUUUCGUGAGGCCUGCCUCCGUCUCGUCAUUUUGGAAGACGACAGCCAGUGGGAUGCCACAAUGGCUAAUGGAGCUCUAUUAAAAUUGCCCUCUGCUUUGCGCCACCUCUUCACGACAAUCUUACAAAUGUCCGAACCCAGUGAUCCCAAAUCACUUUGGGACAAAUACAAGGACUUUUUGUCCGAAGACAUACGCAGAGAAGCGCAACUGCUGUGUCCAACAAUGGCUCUUACAUUCAACGAUGAAAUUUACAACACGGCGCUUAUAAUCAUUGAGAACCUGUUUGUUGAAAUGGGGGAAUCUCUCGCAACUAUUGGGCUUCCAGCGCCAGAUCGUGUGGCUUCCUCCAGUCUCUCACUUGAGAUUGUGCGGGAGACAUAA